AUGAAAUUGAUGCUGCGGCAAAGAGGAACUGGAAUUGGUGGACACAAUGAUGAAAGAGAGCAGACAUUUGAUCAGCUUUUGACAGAAAUGGAUGGUUUUGAGGGUAACACUGGAAUUAUUGUGGUUGCAGCAACUAACAGGGCAGAUAUUCUCGACUCUGCCUUGUUGAGGCCUGGUCGGUUUGACAGGCAAGUGAUGGUUGAUGUUCCAGAUGUACGUGGCAGAACAGAUAUCUUGAAGGUUCAUGCUAACAAUAAAAAGUUUGAGGGAAAUGUUUCCCUUGAUGUGGUAGCUAUGAGAACACCUGGGUUUUGUGGAGCAGAUCUUGCCAACCUUCUAAAUGAAGCAGCCAUUUUGGCUGGUUGGCGUGGGAAGACAGCAAUUUCAUCUAUACAGAUUGAUGACUGAAUUGAUAGAAUAGUGGCUGGAAUGGAAAGAACAGUAAUGACAGACGGAAGUGCAAAAGUUUGGUAGCAUACCACGAAGAAGCCAAAAAUGGACAGCCGAGCUUGUCCAUAUCAAUAAGCUGAUUUCGGAAACUGAUUGUAGCCGUCUUGUUACGGCAAUUGCUAGUACAGAACCUGAUCUAUGUAGCAUGGCACUCUUAUUAGCAGAGCUCAGAACUUACAUUAAUAGACUCCCGGAGUGUAAGCUAUGUAGCUAAGCAAAUAGAGCUGCUGCUAGGAAUACAGCAAAUCAUGCACUGAUGUCGCGUGAGAGUCGCUCAUGGUUUAGCAUUGCU